AAAGAAUUUCGUAAUCAUUUCUACCAUUAUUGAAACAACACUCAUCAUGGCCAACUCAACCUCUGACGGCUGUUCCCUCACCGCCGACGAUGCUUUCGGGCCCACCGUCCAGCACUGUCGCGACGGUUUCGACUUCACUCUAACAUUUGAACAAUGCCUCUUCACCAUCCUCCCCGCCUCGCUCCUCAUCCUAAUCGCGCCCCUACGCUUCCGCUACCUCGGCAGACUCCCCUACUCUGUCAAUGGCACCACGCUCCGUCUAACAAAACAGGCCGCCAUCGCCCUCCUCGCCAUCCUGCAACUGGUUCUCAUAGGUUUGUGGUCAACGCACCGGGGCAGCAGCGGCAGUCGCCUUCGUACCGUCUCCAUCGCCGCCUCGUGCGCGUCCUUCGCUGCCACCGUCAUGUUUGCCGGACUCUCGUACAUAGAACACGCGAAGAGCCUUAAGCCUUCGUCCAUCCUGAAUAUAUAUAUCCUCGUGUCCCUGGUGCUGGACGGAGCCAUCCUCCGCACCAUGUGGCUGUCGCACCUAAGCGUCGCCAUCAGCGCCGUCUUCGCCGCGUCCUUCGCGUGCAAGGCGGCCAUCGUGAUCCUCGAAGCCCGGGAGAAGACGCGCUAUCUCGUGCCGUCGUCGGCCGGCGGACGGUCGUACAGCCCCGAGGAGACCAGCGGCAUCUACAGCCGCGGUCUCUUUUGGUGGCUUACGCCGCUGCUGCUGACGGGAUUCCGUCGUCUCCUGAAGCCGCUGGACCUAUUCGUCCUGGACGCGUCCAUGUCGGCUGCCGCGCUGAAUGAGAGGUUCUGGCUUCACUGGAACAAGUCCACCCCAUCGAGCUUCUCGACGGGCGACGACGACCAGCCUAGUGAAGCAUCACGAUCGCCGUCAAGGUACCGUCUCAUCAGGACGUGCAUUGUCACGCUGAAAUGGCAGUUGCUAGCAGUCGUCCUCCCCAGGCUCUUCCUGCUCGGCUUCACCAUUUGCCAGCCCCUGAUCUUGAACCGGUUCCUCGACUUUUUGCAGCACCCGUCCGAGUCGACCAACUACGGCUACGGCCUCGUUGGUGCCUAUGGGCUCGUGUACUUGGGUAUCUCCAUCUCGUCGAGCUUCUACUGGCACGCCGCUUUCCGGUGCCUGACCAUGCUUCGAGGCGUAUUAGUCGCUGCCAUCUAUACGAAGACAACGGAGCUGCGUGUCGCGCCGGGAGACGACUCUGCGGCUGUGACUCUCAUGUCCACCGAUGUUGAAGCAAUCGUUCGUGCUUGGCGCGAGGUUCACGAGUUCUGGGCCAACACCAUUCAAAUCGCCCUCGCCACAUGGAUUCUCAGCACUCACCUCGGCUAUGCGGCCUCUGGUCCGAUCAUUGUAUCGGUGUUCGCUCUAGGUGCCACCGUAUUCCUCGCCCCCUCUGCUCAAAAGUACCAAAUCAUCUGGGUUGAAAAGGUUCAGAAGCGCAUUGGCAUCACCUCGGCCAUGAUAGGCCACAUCAAGAGCAUCAAAAUGUCGGGCCUGACCCAGAAACUCUCCCAGACUCUGGCCGACCUCCGGCUCGCCGAGAUGCGAGCGGCGACUCCCUUCCGCGUGAUCGGCGCCGUCACGUCCGCCGUGGCCCAGGUACCCCUGAUGAUCGCCCCGGUCGUUGCCUUUGCCAUGUACACGACGAUUGCCUCCAAGAAUGGGGAUGUCCUCGACGCUACGAAGCUCUUCGCCGCGUUAUCGUUGAUUAUCCUGCUGGCACAGCCGCUGUUUUGGAUGUUUGAGGUCGUGCUCGAUAUGAGCGCGGCCCUGGGGUGCUUCAACCGCAUCGAAAAGUACUUGUCUGAGCCGCCGCGAGCAGAGUAUCGAGAUCUUCCACCAAACUCACCCGCUAGCUCCUGUGUACUCACGGGCUCUUUCUCUCAAGAUGUGCAACUUCAGAAUCUGGAGAGCCGCGGAGGGCAGGUCUCAACAGACGCAAAGGCAAGUGGCACUAUCGCUAUUCGCGUGAAAGAAGUGACGUUGGCGUGGAAGCCCGAAACAGUUCCCGCCGUAGAGUUAAUGGAUUUCGACAUAUUGAAGGGCCAACUCGUCAUGCUCGUUGGGCCUGUUGCAUCCGGGAAGAGUACACUUCUGAAAGGUCUCCUCGGUGAGCUGCCACACGUCACCGGAACGAUUGCCCUAUCCAGCGAUCGCAUCUCUUGGUGUGAGCAGAGCCCCUGGCUUAUUAACGACACCAUCCGAAAGAACAUCAUCUGCUUCUCUGACUUUGACCAAAAACUUUAUCACCAAGUCCUCCAGGCGUGCGAUCUUGAAAAGGACCUCGCUCAGCUCCCAGAUGGAGACGAGACAUUGAUCGGAAGCAAGGGGAUUGCUCUGAGUGGCGGCCAAAAGCAGCGUGUCGCACUUGCCAGGGCCAUCUAUUCACGUCCUCAAAUUGCUCUUUUCGACGAUAUUUUCAGCGGGCUUGAUAACCAUACGGCUAGGGCAGUGUUUCAGCGCGUCUUUGGUGCCAAGAAUGCAAUUCUCCGGGCUUGGGGAACCACGGUUGUGCUCGCGACUCAGUCAGUGAGCUUUCUAUCCCAGUCAGACAUGAUCAUCGCCCUCCAGAACGGCAAAGUUGUAGAGAAAGGAGGCUUUGACGAUUGUCGAAAGGCUGGAGGCUACGUCUCAAGUCUCAUCUCCGCCAAUACCGAGGACCAAGAUGAGAGCACCCCCGAGUCAGAGAAGCUCGUAGAUAGAACUGGGAGUGACGCCCUGGUGGAGAAGAACGCCAAGGCAUUGAAAGAACAGUAUGAUAAGAGACGGCAGCUGGGCGACUGGAGCGUCUACGGCUACUACUUUGGUAGCGUCGGCGCUUCUCUUGUGGCUGUCUUGAUGGUCUUGGAGGUGACGUGGGCGUUCUUUUCCACGUUUCCGACCGUGUGGCUGAAGUUCUGGACGGACUCACAGGCAGAAAGUCCAGUGAGCCACGAUGCCUACUACCUGGGGGUAUAUGCCGCUUUCCAGGUCAGCGGCGUCUUGUGCUUUGCCGUCCUCAUCUGGUAAGUCAGAGGCUCCCCGUCCCGGAAUCGAGAAACAGCCCAAGUUGAUAACCUCGAUUUUCAGGUUCGUUCUUGUUCCCGUUGCCUCCAAGUCGGGCAUCAGUCUACACCAGCGUCUCCUCAAAGCCGUCAUGCAGUGAGUACCAUCUGCAAGCCCUCAAAUCACAGAUCGUGAAUCUCAUUGUCUUGCCC